GUAGUAGUAGGGAAAAAAGAAAGUGUAGAGAGACUCGCGUACGUCUUCCGAUGAUAUAUUAUGAAAUUUUCGUGCGAGACUGUGAAAAAAUUGCGAUCUUCCGUGAUCGAGGUGCGCCGCUGCAGACCCUUUAACGCGAGACAAUUCGCCUUUUUGUCUCUCAUCCUCACCGAGAUAAAUAACGACCUAUAGUUCCCGUAAAAAUGGCGCGAUCCUAUAAAAAAGUUAUGAUCAUCUCAAUCGUCGGUUUAAUAAUCAUGGUUCUUGGCAUCAUCGCAGGAUCACUUUGGAUCACUAUGCUAUACGAAUUGCUAUUUACAAAGCUAAUGACGUUAACGAAAACAUCUUUCAAUUUCGAUAUGUGGGUGGAAACUCCUGUUCCAAUGUACUUGAAAUUCUACAUGUUUAAUUGGACUAAUCCACAUGAGUUUUCGUCAGGUGUAAAACCACAUUUUCAGGAAAUGGGGCCUUACGUUUUUCGAGAAAUCGAUUACAAAGUGAAUCGAGUAUGGAAUGAUGAAAAUGGAACCGUCACAUUUCAAAGGAGGAAAGUUUGGUUCUUUGAGCAAUCUAUGUCGAAUGGAAAUCUAACCGACCAAGUUACAAACAUAAAUCCGAUAAUUGCGACAGUUGCAACUACGAUGAAAGAUAAGUCUAUGUUUAUACGCAUGGUAGUCAAUGCAGCUAUGGUGCGCUUAGGGGAGAAGUUAAUAUUAACUAAAAGUGUGAAGACGUUGAUAUUUGAAGGAUUCAACGACACAUUGUUGGAACUUGUACGAAAGAUGAAUGUGACCGAUUUACCUUAUUCUAAAUUUGCAUGGUUCUACGGGAGAAACGGCUCGGAUACUUACGACGGCGUAUUCAAUAUGUUAACUGGAACAAAUAAUUUGUACGGUAUGGGAAUGUUAAAAGAAUGGAAUUACAGUAAUCGGACAAAUGAUUAUACGGGUUCUUGUAAUAUGAUACAUGGAACGUUAGGAGAUUUUUGGCCACCUUUAGCAGACAAUUACACGAUACCUAUAUUCGUUCCUGAUAUUUGCACAUAUGUGGAUUUGGAAUUCGUAGAAACAAUGAAACUUGAAGGUAUAACAGGAAAUAAGUAUAUUGGGACAAAAAAUAUGCUUGAUAAUGGUGAAUCUGUACCUUCAAGACGAUGUUUUUGUCCCAAUGGAAAUUGUGGACCCAGCGGAACAUUAAAUAUUUCAUCUUGCAAAUUUGGAGCGCCGGCUUUUGUUAGCAUGCCACACUUUUAUCUAGCCGAUCCAAGUUAUACAGAGAACAUAACAGGAAUGUCACCAGAUAAACAAAAACACGAAUUGGUGAUUGUUCUGGAACCAACUUCAGGUGUCCCACUUAUGGUUAAGGCGCAACUGCAGUUAAACUUAUUGCUGGAACCAGUGGAUGGUAUGAGUAUGUUUAAGAAUAUGCAGAAGACUUACAUCCCAAUGCUGUGGUUUACUCAAGAGGCUAAUCUAACUGCCGAAUACUCAGGCAACGUUGAGCUACUUUUAAUUCUUCCAUCAUUAGGUUCUGUAACCUUUUUUGGAAUCGCAGGAAUCGGAGUUCUAAUAUUCUUCAUCGGAAUCUUCAUUUAUAUACGACAGAGAUGGCGAGGAGAGGAAGGUCAAGUAUUGAUAUCUAAAUACGAUGGCGAUGUUAGAACACGAGACGAAAUGUAGUAAUUAUUUCCUUUUAUGAGCGUGAUUGUUACAAGUCGGACGCCGAGAUUUAAAUUUAUUUUAUUAUGCGUUCGCAUUACUUCUUGUAUAUGUCAUAACUAAAACGUUAGAAGUUCUGUUUAUGCUAUUCAUCACUAAUUUGUGAGAUAUAUCAACACGACGAAAUUUAUGUGGAUUGACAAUUUUCUAUGCAAUGUGGAAUUUACGUCGAUAAAAAUAUUGCAUGACUUUACGUUGCUAUCAAAAAUUGGUAAAAGUUACCGAUUAGGGGACCCCCCC